AUCACCCCCAACGUCAGCUGAUGUCAGAAGCCAAAAUUAAGAUCAUUGUGACAUUGUCUGAUUUUGAAACCAGCCCCACCACCCAACUCCUUAAGUCUUUCAAAAGUGAGGAUUUUGUUCAAAUUUGCGUACUUUUUUAUGAUUUCAUGGUCCAGUUUGUAGAUAUCAGAAGAGAAAUGAAUAAACCCAAGAAUUUCCUUCAGAAUCUGAUUAAACCCUUCAAGUUUGGUUCAGGUAAAGAGGGACAGAGUGAAGAGGAAUUGGAGAAGAUAGCUCAACAGGAACAAAAGCAAUUUCCUUUUGAGACUUUAGUUGCUGCAACCAAGGAUUUUAACCCAUCUCACAAGCUUGGCGAAGGGGGUUUUGGGCCAGUCUUCAAGGGGAGGUUGGAUGAUGGGAGAGAUAUUGCUGUUAAGAAGCUAUCCCAUAGCUCAAAUCAGGGGAAAAAGGAGUUCAUGAAUGAGGCUAAAUUGCUAUCACGUGUGCAGCAUCGAAAUGUUGUCAAUUUAUUGGGGUAUUGCGUGCACGGCAUUGAGAAGCUGCUGGUUUAUGAGUAUGUGCCUAAUGAAAGUCUGGACAAGCUCCUCUUCAAAUCCAAAAAAAAAGAGGAGCUUGACUGGAAGAGGAGGUUUGAUAUAAUCUGCGGUGUUGCUCGGGGAUUGCUUUACCUUCAUGAACACUCACAUUAUUGCAUCAUCCACCGGGAUGUCAAAGCCAGCAAUAUUUUACUUGAUGAUAAGUGGGUCCCUAAAAUAGCUGAUUUUGGCAUGGCCCGCCUCUUUCCCGAGGAUGAGACACAUGUCAACACCCGUGUAGCUGGUACCAAUGGAUAUAUGGCACCAGAGUAUGUCAUGCAUGGUCACUUAUCAGUGAAGGCAGAUGUCUACAGCUUUGGGGUUUUGGUUCUGGAGCUGAUUAGUGGCCAGAAAAACUCCACUUUCAGUUUGCAAUCUGAAGGACAAAGUUUACUUGAUUGGGCAUAUAAGCUCUACAAGAAAGGCAAGAGCUUGGAGAUAAUGGAUCCUGCAUUAGCAGCAUCAGCAUCAUCCUCAGCAGCCCAUGAACAAGUAGGUUUGUGCAUCCAAAUAGGAUUGUUAUGCAUACAAGCUGAUCCCCAAUUACGACCCACAAUGCAACGUGUAGUUGUGUUGCUAUCGAAGAAACCUGGCCAUCUAGAAGAGCCAACCAGACCCGGAACUCCUGGUUCUCGGUACAGAAGAUCCCGCAGGCCUCCUGGAAUGUCAUCAACUCAUGGAACUUCUGGGGAAAUUGAUUCUAGAACGCUUGAUACAAGCCUUAAUACUAGCACAGCUUCUGCAUCUACGUCAACCCGUGCAAGCCCUAGGUUAGAUCCGCAUGGGAAGCGUCCCAUGCAGAAUUAGAUUUUCGUUAUAUUCUUUGUGCAUAUAUGUUGUUUCCUUUGACUAUUGUGAAAAUUAGUUGAGACAGUGCAGAGGUGUAUAGAAACUCUAAAAUUUGGAUUUCUUGAUUUCUCAAGUGUUCUCUUACUUCUUUUUUUUUUUCUUAGAACUAAUGCAAUUGGAGAGUGGGGAAUAGAAUUGCUAAGGCUCGAACCUUGUGUUCUCUUAUUUUUGUUUUUAGCGACAAUGAAAUUGGGUUCAGUUU